UAGCAGAGCCCUGAAAUCGCUGUCAACAUCCUUGUCACCAUCAGUGAGGCUGCAGUCUUUUUGUCACCAUUCCCUCAAAGCCCAACAGCUUGUCUCAGUUAAAGCGCCUAUAGGAUUGUCCAUAGGAUAAGUGUGAUGUCCAGCGUGCCGGACAGUUCAGACAGUCAUGUCCAGUUCAGAGGUAAAACAGUUCAUGGUCAGACUGUUAUCUCAAUGCUUGUGGUGUGGGUGCCGGUGGCCAAAUGACUUAAGGUAAUAAGAUAAUGGAAGCAGGUAUUAUUAGAGGUGAUGAAGAAAGGAAAAAGGUUUGCUCCCACAAAGAAUCUUAUCUUCUCAGAAUUUAAGCUUAGGAAGUGACGUCUCUGCAGCUGCAGCGUUGGUAUAAAAGACUCCCACUUGGUGCAGAGUGGAAGAGGGUUACGUCUGUCUGCAGGACUUUGUUGGGUUGACCAUCCCACCGCUUUUUGGAUUGACCUGUGUGCUCUGAGUCAGAGAACUUGACCAUGUUGGCAUCAAGAGCUCUCCUCUUAAAGCAAGCUGCAGCUGUGCUGAGCCGCCAGCCCGCUUGCCUGGUGCACCAGGGGGACUGGGGAAACUGGGGGAACACCAACAUUGCUGUGGUGUUCUCUGGAUGUGGCUGGUGGGAUGGAACUGAUGUUCAUGAGGCUGCGUACACUAUGUAUCACCUGAGCCGUAAUGGGGCACGCUUUCAGAUCUUUGCUCCCAACCAGCAGCAGAUGCAUGUCAUGGACCACAUGAAGAUGCAGCCCUCCUCUGGCGAGAACAGGAACAUGAUGAUGGAGUCUGCCCGCUUCAGCCACGGUCAGGGCAUGAUGCAGAUGCAGGACCUUUCCAGGCUGGAUGUCAACAGCUUUGAUGCAGUCAUCUUCCCUGGAGGCCACGGCAUCGUCAAGAACCUGUCCAGCUUUAACAAGGAUGGGAAAGACUGCAAGCUUCACAACGAAGUGGAGAGGAUUCUGAAGGAAUUCCACCGUUCACGCAAACCAAUUGGUUUGUCCAGCAUGUCUCCUCUGCUGGCAUGCCGGGUGCUGCCAAAUCUGGAGAUCACCAUGGGUUACGAGCGGGAUGAGAGCAGUCGCUGGGGACGCUGGCCCAACACCAACAUGGUGCAGGCUGUCAAGAGCAUGGGUGCUCGCCACAACAUCCGCGAGCCCUACGAGGCCUAUGUGGACGAGAAGAACAAGGUGAUCAGCACCCCAAGCUUCAUGUGGGAGACAGACUACCAUUAUCACUACAUCUUUGACGGCAUUGGAAACAUGGUGAAGCAUGUCAUGCGCAUGACCUCAAAGUGAGUUCUGCAAGAAACGCAGUUGGAAGGUUUUAAUAAAAAAAGCUGAAACUUUAGGUUGACCUGAACCUGCUACACUGCAGGCAUACAGAGAGUAAAUAAAAUAAGCAUCCAAUGCAGGCUGUCUGUGUUGUACUA